GGGGGAGUAAAAACUGAGCUCCAUAAGACUUGAUCAGUUUUGUCUUGACUGAGCAGAGCGAACAUUUCUCCCUCUGCUUUUGAAGAAUCUGGAUGGAAUUAAGCUGACAUAAAAUCAGGAAAGACACAAACAGGUUUAGUCUGAGCCCACAAUCACCACCAUCACCUGAGAACUCCAAACAGUUCCUUUUCCCUUCAAUGUCAACGUUACAGCUUCUUGAAGAACACAAGCCCUAACCCUAGAAUCACGGUGGAUUCUUGAUUUAUUCUGAGAUUAUAAACGUCUGGAAAUACUGCAGGUUCCAAAGUGGUCAAGAUUUAGUUUUCCAGGAACUUGGUUCAGGCAUCACAACAAGCACCAGAAUUGUUGUGGAGUCACAGCAAUGGAUCUAGUAAAAGGUUUUGGAAUCAAAAUGACUUUCAGUGUAGGACAAAAAAAAUCCUCUAUGCUCAGUAAGUUCGCCCUGCUGCCAGUGGUCUGGAGUUUGGUGUUUAUCAGUACUGUUAGCUGUGAAAGUAACUUAACAUCUCAGCCUCAUCUUCAUCUAUCAGACCUCAGGACACAUGACUUCGUCAGCACUGAUCUGCCUCUCCCAGACCAUCACAUCCAAACCUCAAAUGGAGAGACGUACAUCUCACAAGAGACUGUGCAUCAGCCCUCGAUCUUGAUGGAGUCUGAGCCAGAAAAACUAAAACAUUCAAGCAAGCUAAAGCACAAACAUGAACGAAAGCCUCCGUCUCCCUCAUCUUCCCCCAACUCCUCCGUCCUUCAUCAUAAGAACACAUCACCCCCCACCUGCUUGCAAACCACCUCUAUAAAAACAGCUUUUAAAUACAUCAACACGGUGCUGUCCUGCCUGAUCUUUGCUGUGGGGAUCAUUGGUAACACCACCUUGCUGAGGAUUAUCUACCAAAACAAAAGUAUGAGAAAUGGGCCCAACGCCCUCAUCGCCAGCCUGGCCCUGGGGGACCUGAUUUACAUUGCUAUAGACAUACCAAUCAACGUCUACAAGCUUUUGGCGAUGAAGUGGCCCUUCGCCGACACCACCUUCGGUCUCUUCCUCUGUAAGCUUUUUCCCUUCCUGCAGAAAGCUUCAGUAGGCAUCACCGUCCUCAACCUGUGUGCUCUGAGUGUGGACAGGUAUCGUGCGGUUGCCUCCUGGUCUCGGGUGCAAGGCACCGGUGUUCCCACGGUAACAGCAGUGGAGAUCGUGGUGAUCUGGCUGCUCUCCAUCGGGCUGGCUGUGCCUGAAGCCAUCGGCUUCAACAUGGUUUCCUUCGAGUACAGGAACGCCACCAUCAGGACCUGCAUGCUGCAGGCCGAGAUGCCCUUUAUGACGUUCUACCGGGAUGCAAAGGACUGGUGGCUGUUCGGGUUCUACUUCUGCGUUCCUCUGACCUGCUCGGCCGUUUUUUACGGCCUCAUGACCUGCGAGAUGCUCAGACACCAGAAAGGAAGUUUAAGGAUCUCGCUGAGUGAACAUCUGAAACAGCGUCGAGAAGUGGCCAAAGCCGUCUUCUGCCUGGUGUUGAUCUUUGCUCUCUGCUGGUUUCCUCUUCACCUGAGUCGCCUGCUGAAGAGGACCGCCUACAAAUCCUACGACGCUCAUCGCUGCGAACUCCUAAACUUCCUGCUGGUGCUCGACUACUUCAGCAUCAACAUGGCGACCAUCAACUCCUGCAUCAACCCCAUCAUCCUCUUCUUCGUCUCCAAGAAGUUCAAAAACUGCUUCAAGUCCUGUCUGUGUUGCUGGUGUUACUCUGGCUCUCUCUCCAACAGCAUGCUGCCUCUCCACCAUGGGACGAGUCUGCAGUACAAACACACUGACCACUGAAACCAGAGACUCACCUCCACCUGCCGACCGAUACCACAGAGUCUUUACCUCAUCCUGGGCACUUAGUCUGUUCUAUGUAUUAUAUUCAUGUACAUAUUAAAUGUGAUGCAGUACUGGGUCAUGUGGUUCCAGUGGGGGACCUUUUGUUUUUGAAUAGAACCAUUAGAAGGAUUCAUGAUUAAAUAGUCUGAUAAUAAUAAUAAUGUUGUUGUUCUUUCUUCUUGCUAUAUGUGUGUUUUAUCUUGUUUUAUAUGUAAAAUAUUUCAAAGCAAUGCCCCAUGUACAUAUAGGAAGCAGUGUGGGUGCAUUAGCAGCCUCUGGAGGCUGAAUUUUACAUCACAUGCAAGAAAAACUAUAUUUUUUUUCUGUUCAGGGAUCUACAGCUACAGCUGCAGAAUAAAUUUAAAAUGUGACUUGUUGUGCUAAAGGAAAAAGAAAAGCACUAAAAUAAAAUAAACUUCACCAGAAUAGUUUCUUUUGCAUUUAUUGUUUUGUUUUUAAAUUUUAAUUUAAAGUCAUUUGUAUUUAUCAAUAAAUGACUCUUAAUGAGCUCAUAAGAACCUGUUUAGGUAUAUAUAUGUGUGAUGAUUUAUUUCCUGUUCUUUCCCCUGCCACACACACACACACACACACUGUGCACAGUUCAGAACCACAAGUCUGCAACCAAUUAGUUUAUUUUAGGACUUAUGGCAUAAUUUCAU